AUGAUUAGAUUAAGAAAAUCAACAUUUCUUUCGGGCGUAAUCCGCAAUAUAUCUUCUAGUCCAAGUUUUUGUGCUAGCCAUUAUGAUGUCCUCGGCAUUACACCAAAAGCUACUCAAAGUGAUAUUAAAUCUGCGUACUAUGAAUUAUCAAAAGUUUAUCAUCCUGAUAAAUCAAACGAUGAAACGGCAGAAAAAAAGUUUAGGGCCAUUACAGAGGCAUAUAAGGUGUUAGGAAAUGUUAAAUUAAAAAAGAUGUAUGACAAAGGUCUUUUGGUCGGUAGAGAGAAUACUACUCGCAUGGAUUACCAGCCUGAACCAGAACCAACCGAUCCAACACUCCGGUUCUACAAGUCCCACUCUAAGCGUCAAGUUACACCAACUAUUGAUGGCAAGACACCUAUAUAUGACUUUGAUGCAUGGUCAAAACAACACUAUGGAGAUUUGUUACAAAAGUCCAUUUAUGAAAAAGAAUUUAUCAGGAAGCAAAACACACACUCCAAGGAAGCGAGUCAUGCCUACCGCCAGGAAGCGAUGCUUUAUGUAGUAUUUGCGAUUUGUUUCUUGUUUGCUUUUGUAGUUUUUUAUGGCAAAGAAGAUUAUGAUAGAGACCAUGUUUUAAAGCAAAAUUCGUCACAAAAAACAAAAAGUUCUUAG